UUGACGUGAAAAACCUUAACAGCUCCUGAUGUAACCAAUAAUUUCCAUCAUUAAACUGCUCUGCAAAGUUUAAGUGGGCUGCCUGAUCAUAAAUAUGGAACAUAUAUAUGUAGGCAUACACUGGCUGCCUGUCUCUUUAAGACGAUGUGUUGAGAAGUUCAAGUCGGGGUCACUUGAAGUUCCUGCCCUCGAUUUUACCUUUUAGUUUUAUUAUAGACUGACAUCACACGGGGCGCUAAAACACUUAAGGCGCAUAGAGGCUCCAUUAUCAUCCCGGUGCGCGUUAUUGCUCAGACUCAAAAAUAGCUAAGGAAAUUACUAGAAAAAAAUCGGAGGAAACUGAUGCUGGUCUAAGCACGUAUUUUUUUUUUUUUUUUUUUUAAUAGGAGGGGAUGAGAAAGAGGGGAGGGGAGGGGCAGAUAGACAGAGAGAGAGGGAGAAGGAGGGAAGUGGGUGGGAGGACGGACCUAAGGAGCGACAAGAAAUUCAUAUCAAUUAAUAAUCAUAAAAAAAGAGCUGGCAGACACACUCGGAAAACUGGCAUGGUUUGUUGGAGGCUGGCAGUUCAAAGCUGAAACGUCAGAUAUGACUCCUAGAGACUGCUGAGAUGAUCAUUAAGGGAGACUUAGAUCGGAUGGCAGAAGACAUCGGGCAUGCAGAUAUCUGUUGUUGCAGGUGGCGGACUGAAGACGAUGCUGGAUGCCAUGGAAGUUCCAAGUCAUGCUAGGGAUCUCCUCCUGCAGCUCAACAGCCAGCGCACCAAGGGCUUCCUGUGUGAUGUUAUCAUUGUGGUGCAGAACGCCCUCUUCAGAGCUCACAAGAACAUUCUGGCUGCCAGCAGCCUCUACUUGAAAUCUUUGGUGGUCCAUGACAAUCUCAUCAACCUCGACCACGAGAUGGUGAGUCCAGGGGUCUUCAGGGUCAUUCUGGACUACAUCUACACAGGCCGCCUUACUGAUGGAGACCCCACUUCUCCCACUGAACCCAAUCUAGGGGCUGUCCUGGCAGCAGCUAGCUACCUUCAGCUGCUUGACUUAGUGGCUUUGUGCAAAAAGAAGCUGAAAAGACAUGGCAAGUACCCUCCCCGCCCAGGUCCUGCAUUUCUGCCCUACCCAAAGAUGGGACCCAAUAGUAUGGGGUUAGGGAGCGGUGGCAGGUAUAGGGUCUCUACCCCUGUCAUUCAGCCUUGCCCUCCAGGAGGAAUUUUGAACAGCCAUGCAUCCCGGGCAGCACCAAUAGAGGAGCUAGUUCCCCAUCGACUAGCCAUCCAUGCUGGGGAGCUGUAUGCUCCCACCUCCACCCAGGGCUCUCAGGUGUUCCCGUCCCUGCAGUCAGCUCUGCCUGCCCAGCUCGGGCGCUCGGCCCACCCUGACAGGAACUGCUCCCCGAACUAUGGCCUUGACCUCUCCAAGAAAAGCCCCAACUCCCAGUCUCAGCACGCACCUUCUCAGUCCCAUCUGGCAAACACUCACAAUGAUGAGGAGCGGGGCGAGACUCUGAGCGGCCGCACUAGUCCCAUGCAGGGGACGAAUGGCAGGGCCUUCCCCUCUGAAAAAAUGGAGUCGACCGACCAGACAAGCUCCCUCACUCCUCCACCUUUCCCCCAUCUCAACCAGCCUCUUGGCCCACACCUUCCCCACCUGCACCGCUCAGGCUCCCAGGGCACAGAUCGCUACCCAUGCCCCCCCAGCCCUGACACCCCGACGGAAGGUGGAGAGGCAGGCAGAGAAAUGGGUAACAUCUACCGCUGGGUGAAACAUGAACCGCUGUCAUACACACCUGAAGAUGAGGAUGAGGAUGAGGAUGAGGAGGAGGGGGGUGAAAAUGGAGAGCAGCAUCAUAACCACCACAAGGCUGGGGAGGAGAGUGAAGGAGCAGACGACAAGAGCGGGUCAGGCACAGAGGAGACAGGCAGCAGUGAAGGCCGCCCCUCCCCUUCUGGACCAAUGGGGAGGUUCCACUUGCCGUAUGAGCCGGAGAGCUUCGGGGACAAUCUGUAUGUCUGCAUUCCCUGUGACAAAGGCUUCCCGAGCUCAGAGCAGCUCAAUGCACAUGUGGAGACACACACAGAAGAGGAGCUGUAUGUCAACUCUGGUGGGGAGAUGGGAAACAGCAAUAACAGCAGCAACAAAAACAUGAGCAGUAAUACAAAUGGUUAUGGGGGCCUGAACAGCAGCAACAGCCUGAACAGUCUGUCCCAUCUGGAGAGCAAGUCGAGCCAGGCGCUGAGUUCAGGGGGCAUCGGGGAGAUGAUCCGACCCUACCGCUGUUCCACCUGUGAUAAGUCCUACAAAGAUCCGGCCACUUUGCGACAGCAUGAGAAGACCCAUUGGCUGACACGGCCGUACCCUUGCAGCAUCUGUGGCAAGAAGUUCACGCAGCGUGGUACUAUGACGCGCCACAUGCGUAGCCACCUGGGCCUUAAACCCUUUGCCUGCGACUCCUGUGGCAUGCGCUUCACCCGCCAAUAUCGCCUCACCGAGCACAUGCGCAUCCACUCUGGGGAAAAGCCCUACGAAUGUCAGGUGUGUGGGGGGAAGUUCGCCCAGCAGCGCAACCUCAUCAGCCACAUGAAGAUGCACAGUAGUGGAGGGACUGCAGGGGGCCUGACCACAGAUGGGAAACUGAAGCUGGACUUUUCAGAGGGCAUCUACCCUCUGAGUAAAUACACAGCAGAGCACCUGGGGCUGAAGCAGGAGAAGGCCAAUGAACUUCUCAUCCAAGCUCAGCAGCAACUGGUAGCUGAUGCAAAGGUCAUGGAGAGCCUCUACCCACUGUCCAAACUGGCCUCAGAGCACCUGGGCCUCACCCACGACAAGAUGGACGUCCUGGGCCAACCCCUGCCCCCUCCCCCACAUGCCCUGUCUGAAGCCCGCACCAUUGAUCGCUACUCACCCAGCUAAGAUAGGCCUGUAUAAAUGGCAGUCACCAAUAGGUCUGUGUGCACACACAACUUGCAGUAUUCUAAAGCCAUUCACCUCAACUCAGUAUCUCCUCUGCACCUCAGACUCAGGCCAAAAGGAAUUGGUCUGCUAAUGCACACCAAAAAGUGUAGACUGUAAGUGCCUUUUUUUAUGCAUCUAAUGUAUCUUAAAGUCCUUCUUCAUAAAGGAGGCCUGUGCUAUUCCAUGACCAAGGGACACUCACUCAAAGAAGUACAGUAUUUAUGUACAGUGUAUGCAAACAAACAUUCUUUUUUUUUUUCUAAUUUCAGCCAUUGAGCCAAAGUGACAAAUUGAAAACCAAAAUGAAAUUGUUUUAUUUAUUUUUGUACCAUGGUGAAAUCCAAAGAGAAACUGUUGCAAGGAAAUGUUGCAAUCAGACCCUAAACCUGUGUACUAUUAAGUAUCAUCUGUGUACAAGACAUGAAAAAGCACAUAAGGACAAGAUUCAGGGUUUGUGUCCAGACCUGAGCGGAACUUUUAUCAAAUGAAUAAGCCAACUCUCCUGGACUUUAAAGUAAUGGGAGGAUAUAUUUUUUCUUUUUUUUCUUUUCUGUUUUUGGGGUACUGGACAAUUUAUGUAUCUCACCCUCCAGCUUCUCCCCAUCCUGUUCCUGCUUCCCAAGUCGCGAGGAAAUAACUGAACGAUAAGAGCAAUUGCUUCACCAUUUCGGUAAAGUCUCCUCUGCUUUAUUUUCUUCACAUUUUUUAAAGUAAUCCACUCCCCCGCAUACUUGUGCAGAUAAAAGCUCAUACUACGUGACAGUAGUGGUAGUUUAAUCAGCCUUACACUCAGCGUGUAACCCUUCUUGAGCUAAAACUUCCUCUUGCAUUUCGACUAACAUCCCUUAGCUCUCAGUUGUUAUUGAGAUGCAGCAAGCACAGCCCUGUGAUCUCAUUACUGGGACAUGAUUGCACAUACCCAGUUGAUGACACACUAAUCCCUGUUCACGAUGAGUGUAGCUUCAUCUCACGGUGUGGACGAAGCAUGGGUGUUGCCUCUGACACUGUGCAAUGCAGCUGAGGCAGGCCGCAGAGGCAAGAACCAGGUCAGAAUUACUGACACAGAAAUCUGUCAUUUACUGUCAAAAGCAAUUACUCCAUUCACAGCAGCCUGAUGAUUAAUUUUGGAGCGGCAGCAGUCAAACGCUGCAUUGGACGCCGUUCUGCUCCACUGUCUGACCUCUCAUUUGACCUCCCUCCCCUGUAGUCUGUUGUCUGGGAGCCCUGCUACUGUUGACAGGCUAAAGUGUGUGCUGUGCUCAGCCCUUUGCCUUAAAAGUGCUCCACACACCACACACAUAGACGCUCCCUCUCCCCCGACACACACACACACACACACACACACACACACAUAGCGAGUAACUAAUCUGUCAGUGAUAUGAACAUAAGAAGGGGUUUGUGGGUCUUCCCUGGAAGCCAGCGGGUGAACAGCACACCCCAGCUGCUGUGGCUCAGUAAUCCCUGUGAAAUCUCACUUUCUCCUGGACAAUUCGCACUGCUUGCCGGCAUGAUGUCCCAUUUCAUGCCUGCCAUCUUACCCCUCUGAUCCACUUAUUACCAUCACAUCCCAGCCUAGCAAAUGUCUCCCGGCCUCGCCUCCUUUUUCCCCGGCUGGUAUCAAACGUGGAAACAAAGAAUGACAUAUUUCUGUGUUGGCUGACCAGCAGUUCCUCCAGCUUGAAAACAAAAGAGCACUUAAAGGUUGCGGGUUGAAGGCACAUUCUUGUCUUUGAAUGUUUAUUCCAAAGAACAUGCUGCCCUUUUCUCUAUUUUAUUUUUCCACUUUUUACUGGUCUUUGAUUCAGAUUAGAAAUGUCUGACCACUAUAGUGCCAAUGCCAACCUCAGUGGGUGAAUGUGAAGACUAAAGCCAUAAAUACACUGUGAUAGACGUAGUGAAUCUUAAAGGCUUAAACGAAAAGAAAAGAAAAAAAAAAAAAAAAAAAACAAGAUAAUGUGCCUGACUUUUGGGAUUGUUUUUUUUUUUUUUUUUUUUUUUUUUUUAAAUGUAACAGUAAUUUAAGGGCUUCUUUUCUGUAGCAUAUGAUCAUAUCAAACAUGUUGUUUCCUGUCACUUAACUUUUCAUUACUUUACAUUUUGAUUUGAACUGAAAGCAGCGCACGUGAAACUGGUGCUUACCUCAGGACUGAACCCAGCAUGGGGAUGCUAAGCUUUAGUAAACCUUUAAAUUCAUAACAAUGUCAUCACACACACACAGACACACAUGCACACACUCACACACACUUUUUUUUUUAUUGUCUUAUUAACAGGGCAGUGGUCCUGUGUUAAACCUGUGGUUAUUACUGUGUUUAUACAUUUCUUGUUACAGUUUUAUGGUGGAGCGAUAACAUGUGAUAUUAACAUUUUUGUUUGUAUUUUUACUAUGCGGUAUACAUUUUCUAUUGUGUUGUCCUCAAGGAGGCUUGUGUCUGUCUGACCAAUUCCAUUGUUAUAGCAUAAGGCAAAGUCAUUUUGGUAGUAUCUUAACUGGCUGUUUGUGAAUUUUCUGAACCACACUUUAGUGAGCAUGAUGGUAUUGAUCUCUGGUUUCAACCACACACGCAGUCUAGGUGACAAGUGUAGUGUAGCUUGAAAUUUCUGUUUGCUCACAAGACAUGAUGUAUUAUGAGUAGUUCUGUAAACAGACAAGCAGUGGCUUUCUAGACAAGUAUGAAAACUACCCUCAUAUUGUUUAAAGCUUUUUUAUCCAGAGGUUAUUGAACUUUCGAUGAGAGCCAGACUGAGGCCGUACAUGCACCCGAACACACAGGAAGCUUGUUUUGCUUGAUGCUUCCAGUUCUGUUGAUAAAGAAACAAAAAGAAAAGAGUCGCUCAAAUGAAACAUUAUUAACGGUCGGCUCUCGGUCCAGAAACAUGUGCAUACGUGUUAAAAAAAACGUAGGAACGGGCGGAUGUCAGUCGUGGGAAUUUCAGUCCCCUCACUCCCUCUCAUUCACGGGUUUAAAUGAAAAUCUGUGUCCUCCUUUCCCUGCCUUCCAACAUUAAAACAACAUUAAUUGUUUCCACUGUCACUUCAAAUCUGUGCAGGAGGGAAGAGCAAGAUAAAGCCUGAACAUUUCUGAAGGCUGUGCACUGUUUUGAAAUUUGCUUAAUUGCAUUAAUGUGUAUGAUAGACAGAGGGGGAAGGUUGUGUAUCUAUAGAAAGGGGAAGCGUUUUCUUGUCUGUUUGUGUGUCCCUAUGCUAUUUGAGCAUAUAAGGGGCUGUUAAUGCAUGUCCUGGGAAUAGCGUUGGUGUGAAGGAGAAGAGCUGAGGAGCAGGAAGUGAACUUUUGGCUGGUGUGUUGUGUUGAGCAGGAUGUGCCGUGUGUUUCUGCUCAGAGGCAGAUAGAGAGACAGAGAAUGGGGAGGGAGAGGAGCAGGGAGAGCGCAGCAGGGUGGACACGAGCCAUUGUCUCAGUAUGAAAGCCUGUUCGUACUUCUAAAACUCUCCAUUCAGAAAACAAGUAGACUGUAUCUUCUCUUUUCCUUCCCCUUUUUGCUCUUUGGGAAUAAACUUCUGCUCAGUAUCACUAUGAUAUGACAUUGUGGGCUUUCAAGGGCUGAACAGCGAGGAAGCCAUUCAGACAUUUUGUUACAAUUUGAGGAUGUUGUGGAUUCAAUUUUUUUUUGCCAUCCUUCUGAUCAAAGGAAUUCAUUACAGUAUUUUCCCCAUAUUAUGUCCAUAUUGUGAGCAUUUAAAAAAAAAUUGGGGCAGGCCUGAUCUGAAAUUAUGUUGUAAAUCAUAAUUAAAAAAACUGGCAGUAUUUCUUUUGCUCUGUGGUUGAUUCAGUUAGUCAAAUUAGAAGAGCCUUGUUUCAAUUUACUGGUGCAGCCACUCACCCCAUGGGGCUUUAGGCCAUAUGCCUUUGUUAAAGUUAUUUAUAUGACACAUAAACUCAGAGAACUUCAUGCUGCCACCAAAGUGGUUUAGAUGAAGAUGUUUUAAGAGAAAUAGAGUUGGGCGUUCAGUCAUUAUUAUGAUGAUUACAAAUAUAAAUGACAAACAACCAACUAUGCUAAUAUUUUAUUUUAUUUUUUAGCCUAUUUCAUUCCUUUUUAAUGUAAUGGCAACCAUCCCAGGCCCAUAACUUUUGUAACACUAACAAUAUAGAAGUAAAAACAGUCUGGAUGAGUUCCAGCGGCCCCGUGUAGACCAAAAAAGGGGUUUGGUUUAAUGUUAAAAAAUGCAAAGUAUGCCUUUAAGCUUUCUACCAGCGGCAGCAGGCCGAGGUCACCUAUGAGACUCUGACAGGCUGAACAGUCCUGAUCUGCAAUCAUCCCGCUGUUUGACAUUUAUUGUGUUUCACGCUGUGUGCCAGAAGGACUGAAGCACUUAGCAGACAUCGCAGAUGCUCAAAACAAAACUCUGUGACAAUCUUUGUAGUUUCCACGGGUUCUAUUGUCGAACUAAGCUUUUGCCUUGUUCUGAAAGCCAUUAUCUGUGUGGCUACUCAUGAGAGCACAGCGCAGACAUGCCACUAUUGUCCAGUGUACAUAUUUCUUUUUAUGAGGACUUGUGUUUAAAUGUGAGCUAGAGCCAAAUAAUAUCAAUAAUCCAGUCUUAUUUUGGCAUUGAAACCAUAAACUGACACUUAGGUCAACCAAUACAAAUGUGCCUUAAGUGUAACAAAGCAUUCAGUAAUUUUGCAAUAAUCUGUAUGAGUUCCGUAUCCGUAUGAGUAUACGUGUUUGUGUGUGUGUGUGUGUGUGUGUAGGUUUUCUGAUGUGUCCAUAUUGUGCACCUGUCCAUCUACAUGUCUGAACGCCUUUCCCACAGUGUAGCCGGGUGAGGUACAAGGGAGAGAUUUGACACUUUCAAGGGUCUUUAUUACAAGCAGCUGCUUUAGAUUUAUUUCCCCGAACUGCACUUUUCUGGAAAAAUCAUUGUAUUGUGAUUUUUUAUUACUCUUAUGAUCCCCUAGAAGUCCCACAAUUGCCUUUCCUCUGGCACUUUGCUUUCUUUGCUUUCCUCCUCUUCCUCCCUCCAGUGCAGAGCUUGGCCACACUCGUUCACCGCCCUUGUUACCUCAAAGCAGAGCUUUCCUCCUCACCUCUCUCUGUCCCCUCUCUCUUCUUACACUCAACACAAACCGCUGACCCACAGCGCCUGCUGCCCCCCCCCCCUCACAUGAUCCACUUACUUCCAGCUGUUUUUCAUGCUGAAGAAGACAGUUGUCUAAAUGUUUAUAUGAAGAGCUACUUUCUUUUUCUUUAAGCCCUGAUCAAUUUCCAAAAUGAACUUCGUGGCAUGUGUUAAAAUACAGCAGAUGAUGGGCCAAAUAAAAAAGUCUGACAUCGUUAUUGUAUUCUGAUCCUCAAGCCAAAAAAUGGCUUACAAAGGGGAGAUUAAAGACAGCAUAUCGUUGUAGAGGAAAUGCAGAAUAAUGCGAGGGGAAAUGUUCAGGGGAAAAUAUGCUCAGAAAGAUGCCAGUAAAGUAAACAUGUAUGAAAUUGCACAAUUGAGCCGGGGCCUCGGCUGCGCCAGCCAAGUCAUGCGCUGAGAUGGAGGGAACAAGUCAGAGAGAAGGGUUGAGAGGAAAAGAACCAGAAACAGAGAGAAAAUAGCUUGUGCUUGAUAGUCAUAACCUUCAGUAAAUAACAAAGGAAAACUGCUUGCUCUGUGUGUCUGUUCACCUCUUUUUUCCACCUCGUUCUGUGAGCUCACUAUUUCAUUUCCCUCUUUUAGGAAAUUAAUUUUUUUUCCCCUUUUCAUUGUUUAUUUCUUCAGGUCAUUGCCAAGGUUGUUUAACAUUCAUGUCAGCAUGCCCUCCAAGAUGUCAUCCUCUUUCCAGACCUAACAAUUAUCACCCAAUCAGCACAUGACCCACAGUAGGCUCUUUGUAGUUGAAUAGGGAAGGGGGUUCUGGCUGUCCACGUCUUCCUCCUGCAUCUGUUUAGUUUGGAUCGCUGUUUCUUUCUCUACCUUGGACGCAUACAAGACAGACUAAGUGGACUUGAAUCUUUUCGUUUACGGUGAACAACCUCUGCUUCACAAGUUUCAAUUCACAGACAGACAAAGAGCAGGGACUAAACGAGCAGGAAGUUGAAAGAGUGAAAGGUGGUCAGGGAGAAGAUUUGAUUGUAUAUCUGUAUAUCACACACACACACACACACACACACACACACACACACACACACACACACACAGCUGGAUGGCAGACUGCUGCUCCAGAUUAGGUCAGAUUUAAUUAGGCUGCCCUGCUCCGUUUGGAGUGUCGCUUCUUGUAGAAAAACCCAUUAUUAAAGAAAAGGCGAUUCCACUGACGGCUUCCACCCCACACACUGAAACCUGUGCCAAAAUGUUACAGAGCCUCAGGGUCCUCUCUCUCUCUCACACACUCACUCUCUCACACACAAACACACACACACACACACACACACACACACACACACACACGCACGCACACACACACACACACACACACACACACAGAAAAGCAUCUAUUCUGGUGUUGGAAAAAGGUUACAUGUAGAAAUGAUGGAUUAUGAUCUAAUGAAGAUCACUGUGACGUUCUGAGGUGGUUGUACCCAACUGGUUGUGGUUCAGGGAUACGAGAGUUCAGCAGUUACACAGACUGCCACGCAGACAGCAGUAGCUACAGAUAGAUGGAAAAAAAAUACAUACAUCACAAAUUUACAAUGGAAAUUAGAUUUUUUCAGUGGAGGACAGGAUCUUAUUUCAGCAGGCAUGAAGCAGAUGUUCGUGAAACAUUAAAAAUGUCCAGUGUUUCGUUUUGUGGUUUUACAACAGUUUAUACCAUAAAAAAAAACAAUUAGAAGCAAUACAUUAAACCAAACAGUAUUUUUCUAUUUUCUGCAUUUCAUGUCAAUAUUGAUCUUACUUUGCUUUAGUGAAAUGAAUGUAUUUAUUGCAUGUCAAAAUGUUUUAUAGUUAAUUUUUGUGUAAAUUUCAAUUGUGGGUUUUUAUGAUAAUUUCAUUUAAUUAUGGUGUCUUGAUAAAAUCAUGUUGAUAAGGCUUUUAUUUUUUUUAAAAGCCAAUGUGAAAAAUGUCAUGUUUUUUUUGUUUGUUACUAUACUCAAAAUCAACUUGGCAAUAAAGUGAAUUGCAUAAUGGA